AUGGGUCCUGGUCCAACACUUCCAGAAAGUGAUGACUCAAAGCAAAAGGCAGGAACGGUUCGACACUUGGUAUCUGAUACAAAAAACGAUUCAAAGAUAAGAAAUCGAAGCAUUAGAGCUUUUGUUUUCUUCAAAGUCCAGAAAAUAGAAUAG